GGAGACCUGGGUAGCUGGGUUGGUAGCUCCUGCCUACUGUGUGGUAUGAAGACAUGGCUCAUGGGCAGAGCCAAGGAGCUGCGCUGCUACAGCUGCUGCAACUUCUGUGGCUGCUGCCCCACUCCGGAGCCGUCCCUGAAGCUUCUACUCCAAGGUGGCGGGAUGAACUGCAAAACCACACAUUCUUGCACACUGUGUACUGUCAGGAUGGGAGUCCCAGCGUGGGGCUCUCUGAGACCUACGAUGAAGACCAGCUUUUCUCCUUCGAUUUUCUCCAGAACACUCGAGUUCCUCGCCUGCCUGAAUUUGCCAACUGGGCUCAGGAAGAGAGAGAUGCCUCUACCAUUUUAUUUGACAAAGCGUUCUGCCAGGACAUGAUCCAAAGCAUAGGCCCACAACUUCAAGGGAAAAUCCCAGUGUCCAGAGGGUUCCCAAUCGCUGAGGUGUUCACAAUGAAGCCCCUGGAGUUUGGCAAGCCCAACACACUGGUCUGUUUUGUUAGUAAUCUCUUCCCACCCAUGUUGACGGUGAGCUGGCAACAUCAAUCUGUCCCGGUGGAAGGAGUUGGGCCCACCUUCGUCUCAGCCAUCGAUGGACUCAGCUUCCAAGCCUUUUCUUACUUAAACUUUACUCCAGAACACUCUGAUGUUUUCUCUUGCAUCGUGACUCAUGAAAUUGACCGCUACACAGCUGUUGCCUAUUGGGUGCCCCAGAACCCACUGCCCUCAGAUCUUCUGGAGAAUGUGCUGUGUGGUGUGGCCUUUGGCCUGGGUGUGCUGGGCAUCAUUGUGGGCACUGUCCUCAUCUUGUACUUCCGAAAGCCUUGCUCAGGUGACUAAUUCUUCCUGACCAGAGUUUGAUGCCAACAGCUUUAGUCACCCAAAUGGAGGGUGCUCAGGUUUCCUACGUCCUGCCCUGGAUCUCUCCGUCUCAGAGCUGAAGUCCUUGGGACUCCACAUACUUGUGUAGGUUUCCCAGCUGGGGGCUCUGUUCUCCCUGGGCCUGCACCCCAGGGAGCCCAGAGUGGCCUGCCUAUUACCGCCACAUCCCUUCUCACUACAAGGCAAUAAAUCUCCUUUCCAAA